CUGAAGCUUCUCUUUUUUGGUUCUAUUUGCAGAAGGUCCUAUUGGCCUUCAUAAUACCUAUGAAGUAGGUAUUACCCUCAUUUUACAGAUGGGAGAGCUAAACUGGCUGCAAAUUGUUGCGAUACCAAGUUCCACCUAAGAGCUGAGCUCUUUUUAAAACGCGUUGCCUCUGAAGUCUGGGUUCCUUCUGGUUCCUGGCAUGUUUUUUUUGUUUGUUUGUUUGUUUGUUUUUGUUUUGUUUUGCUUUUUUGUUUUUCGAGACAGGGUUUCUCUGUGUAGUUUUGGUGCCUGUCCUGGAUCUCGCUCUGUAGACCAGGCUAGCCUCGAACUCACAGAGAUCCGCCUGUGAGUGCUGGGAUUAAAAGCGUGCGCCACCAACGCCUGGUUCCUGGCAUGUAAUUGAACUACUCUCAGAGAUACUAGGAAUUGUCCUUGACAAAUCUUUAUUCAGGCUCUUUUUUCAUCCUUAGAAUGUAUCGGUCCCUCCAACCCCCAACCAAAAUGCCACCAUCUUCUUCACCUGCUGAACCAGAUAUGAGCUUAGGGACAAUGACAUCAUCUCUGUCUCACCUGCUGCCAGCAUGAGUGUAUCCUAUGUGAGGGCAGUCCCAUGGAAGUCCUUAUCUGGGCCUCAGUUGAUAGGAACCUCUCCUGAGGCAGGAACAGAGCCUCCAAACUGUUCAAUGCAGCCUGUCAUUAGACAUCAGACUCCCAGUGCUGGAACAACGCAGUGGGUGAUUAUGAAAGUCUCACUUUGCUCACCUGUACCUGGCUCAGAAUUCCUGGGUCAGGUUUCUUGCACGUGUUGUUUUCUCUGCUCAAAUACUACCUCCUCCUCAUCUACAACUCAGUUCAAAUCUCAGCACUUCAGAGAUACCUCUCUUGAUGAACCUUCUCACUAUUAAAAAAAAUUAUGUGUGUUGAGGUUAGGGGAGGCAAUUGUACGGCAGUGAGAAGACAGUCUGUGGAGUAGGUUCUCUCCUUUCUUCUUUCUGUGGGUUCCAGGGAUCCAAUGCAGUCACCAGGCUCACAUGGCAAGUGCCUUUAACCUGCUGAGCCAUAUCCCCCUCACCCCCCUUUAGAGUCUAUAUUUACUCUACUUCCCCCUGUUAUCUCACUCUACCUUUUACAGAAGUUAUCAUUAUCUAACGCUUUAGGUCUGUGGUGGUUUGAGGGAGAAAUGUCUCCCACAGACUCGGGUAUUUGAACACUUACUAGGUUCCCUGUUGGGGGAGGCCGUGAACCUUUAGGAGGUGGAGCCUUGCUGGUGGACGUAUAUCACAGGGGGCAGGCUUCGAGAGUUUGUAGGCUUGCCUCACUUUCAGUUAUUGCUUCCUGUUCCUGCAUAUGGAAGGGAUGUGAUCUCAGCUUCUUGACCCAUCCACCUGCUACCAUGCCUCCCCUGUCAUUACAGACUCUCUUUCUGGAACUGUAAGACAAAAAGAUCCUUGUUCUAAAAAUUGCCUCAGUCAUGGUUUUUUAAAUUUUUUUUUUUGUCGUAGCAACAGAAAAGUAACUAAUGCAAGCACCGUAUUUUCAUAAAUCCAUGGAGUUUACAUUUUAGUAGUAAAAGAUAAGUGACAGUGCUUGUAUGUAAAAAGAACAAAGGAAGAUGAGGGGCACAAAUAGGGAGAUUGCCCAAGCAAGAGAUCUGAGUGAAACAAGGGACUGAUUUAUAUGGAGACUUGCAGGAACUGACUAGCUAAGGGGAACAGCAAAUGCAAACGUGAUUAUACUAUUGUGAAACAGUAAGAGGUUAUCCCAGUGGGUGAGGGUACAGAGGUAGAGAUGACACUGAGUUGGGUGGUUAAAUUGAUCAGGGCUUUGGAGGCUGUGGUUAAGAACUGGCUUUUAAUCUGAAUGAGAUGGGAUGUUGCCAUAGGCUUUGAGCAGAGGAGUACAUGGCCUACUCUUCAAAGGAUCGUCCUGACUGCUGGAAUUUGCUCCAAAAUGUGGAGCAAAAAUGGAAACUUCCAAGGCAGGACUACUCCACAAACAUGGCCCCUGGAAUGCCCAGUGGACAGAACCUGGUGACCUUUCCUUUAGAGAACAAUGAGGCCUGGGCCUUCUGAGGACUCCUAUUGGUGGAGAGAGGUGAAUUUCCUCUCCCCAGAGCGACAGGCUGGAUGCCAAGGCUGACUGACCUCUAUGGAUUCUCAAAAGGAGGACCUGAGCCUCCCUGGCAUGUGGAUCUCCUUGUGCGUUGGAUUCCUGGGGCUGUGUUCCUCGCUAAUAGGCAGCUGCAUUCUCUUUCUGCACUGGAAGAAGAACUUGCAGAGAGAAGAACAUGCCCAGCAGUGGGUGGAAGUGAUGAGAGCUGCCAUGUUCGCCUACAGCCCACUGUUGUACUGGAUAAACAAGCGGCGUCACCAUGGCAUGAGUGCAGCCAUUAACACUGGCCCUCCCCCUGCUGUCACCAAGACGGAGACCCAAGUUCAGAAUCCAGAUUCUUUGUGGGAGCUGAAUAUCUCUGAAGGCAGAAACUAUGUUAUGCGAGACAGCAGUCCCAGGGGUGAAGCCUCCAGUCCCUCAAAACAUGUCCUGGUGGUCCCCAAACAGCCCCUAUCUUCAACAAUGCCACAGCCUUGGACUGACUCCUCACCCCCAAUUCCCAUUUUUCAGGAGGUGCCCUUUACCUUGUCCCUCUGCAACCUACCUCCCAUGCUGAACCACUCUGUCUCCUACCCUUUGGCCAACUGCCCUGAAAAAAAUGUUCAUUUCUCUUCCCUUCCCAAACUGGCCCAUGGAACAAACUGCUUUAAUGCCAAGCCCUUUGCUUCUGAACUGUAGUCUCCUCUCAUUGAGGGAGGGAGCUGCAGGUACCAAGGCUCCUUUUGGUGGAAAACAGAGAUACCCUCAAGGAGUUGGUUAUUGACAAGGAGGUUAGAGCCAUCUGGAUAUUACAUCAUGAAAGAUUAAAAAAAAAAAAGGGUCUAAGUCUC